GCUCUCUCUCAAAAUACAAAAUGUUAAAAGUGGUCCACUCAGUCACGCAAGAGACGAAGUGCUUUUCCAUUGCUACAGUCGUACUUUUGUGCGUGUUUUAUACGCGUAUGACAUCGGAAAAGAAGAGUGAUAUUCCUGUACCGGAUUCAGCCUUUCCGUACAUCGGUCACCUUCUUUCACUGGGAAGCUUGCCUUCAGAAACCAUAUCGAAAUGGCAUGAAAAGUAUGGACCUAUUAUAAAAAUGUAUAUGGGGGCUCAAACAUGGAUUUCAGUGGAUGAUCCUAUACUAGCGCAUAAGAUAUUUGUGACGCAUGGUGUAGAAACUUCUUAUAGACCGCAUUCUACCUAUGCCUAUUAUUAUUAUAGCGCGCAAGGAAAGGGUAUUGGUUUUUCUCAACCAGGCGCAGGAUGGAAAGAAGUCAGAUCAGCAGUUGUUUCUGUUAUGGCGCCCAGACAAAUCGAAAGAUAUACCGACAUGAUUCAGCAACAGGGCCAAGACUUAAUUACACAACUAGAAGCGAUUACGGAAAAGGAAGGAGAGGUAAAUCCACUGAAGCAUUUGGAACUUUAUUCAUUGAACGUAAUUUUUUCCGCCUGCUUUGGUCGAGCAUUUCGAUCCGUUCAAGAUCCUGAGUUCAUUACAUUGAUUCAGUUGAUCAAUAAGAGUCUGGGAUUUGCUGGGCUGCAAAACGACUUGCCAAAUUUCUUACCUGCACUUUCUUUCAUGGAUCGCUUAACUGGCAUACAAGGCAAGAUGAAAAAUUUCAUUACUCAGCAAGUCAAUCCUGCAGUCAAAAGGUUUAUUCAGGAAGCAAAAAAGAGUGACAAACCCAAUAUAGUCAAUUCGCUAAAAGAAAACGGAUACACUUUUUCAGAGGAGGAAAUGAACGUUUUAAUGUUUGAUUUGAUUGGAGGAGGAACUGAUACAAUCGCUGUUACUUUAUCGUGGAAUAUAGCUAUCAUGUGUAAUUAUCCUCAGGCCCAAAAACAGGUAACAGCAGAGAUUGGCAAAUUUAUGGAAGAAAACGGUAGACUUCCUCAAUUCAAAGACAGAGCUCAGAUGCCGUAUAGUAUAUCUGUUAUUAAGGAAUGUAUGAGGUUCAAGCCUACCACGUCCUUUGGCAUCCCUCACGCCGUGAAGAAAGAUGUGAUUGUAGAUGGAUAUACUAUCCCAAAAGAUGCCACAGUUAUUUCAAAUAUGGAAAGUAUGCAUAAAAACACCGGCAUGUAUUCAGAUCCGGACAUUUUCAAGCCAGAGAGAUUCCUAAACCAUACCAAAACAAUGCAAGCAGCGGCUAAUGGUAAACUUGAAGAAAGAGAUCAUUUUGUUUUUGGCUGGGGAAGACGUGUUUGUCCAGCUAUCCAUAUGGCAGAAGUGGAGGUUUUUUCGGCGUUUAUUCGAAUCUUUGCUCAUUGUUCUGUGGAACCAAGUUCAGAUGGGAUGCCAGAUAUCGACCAUGUGCAGAACAUCGGUAUAAACCUUUUGCCACGUCCAUAUAAGGUCAGGCUUGUUAAAAGAAUGACAGGCAUGGCACCUGUAUGA